GUCGCCGAGGCCUACGGUCACGGUCUGCAGCUUUACUGGAUGGUCCCUGGCAUCGUGGUGGCCAUGUUGGGCACAACGUUCGUUGUCCUGCCGGUCUUUUACCCUCUGCGCAUGCGCAGCAUAAAUGAGUACGUGGAGCGACGGUUCAGGAGCAGGGCGCUGAAGCGCGCCGUGCUGCUGGCGUCGGUGGUCAAGGAUCUGCUGUACCUCGGCAUCUGCCUCUACGCCCCAACCCUCGCCAUGUCCGCCGUCACUCCCGUCUCCUCAGACACUUACGUCAUCGUCAUCGGUCUCAUCGUCACCUUCUACUCUGCUUUUGGCGGGAUGAAGGCGGUGGUGUGGACGGACGUGUUCCAGGCGACCAUCAUCCUGGUGGGUGUGGUCAUGACCACCGUGGGUUCCCUGCACUCGGCGGGGGGGCUGGGUAGUGUCUGGCGCGUGGCUGGGGAGCACGGCAGGCUCGACGUCUUCAACUUCAAUUUUGGUCUUUAUGAGCGUCACACGGCCGUGAACACCUUCAUCAUGGGGGUUGUCAACUUCGGCUACGGCUUCUCUUUCUCCCAAGCCACACUGCAGCGCAUCGCCACGCAGACCUCCGUCGGCAAUACCAGAGCGGUGAUGCUGACGAGCACCGUUGGUUUGUGGGCAAUACUAACAAUUUUGUUCUUGGGGGGCAUUGGCAUCUACGCUGCGUACUACGGAUGUGACCCUCUGGCCCUAGGCCUGAUCACCCGCGCCGACCAGAUCGUGCCGUACUACGUCAUGCAGCGGCUGGGGUACAUGACGGGUGUGCCGGGGCUCUUCGUAGCAUGCCUCUUCAGCGGCACUCUCAGCUCCAUCUCAUCAGUGCUGAACUCGGUGCCCACGAUGCUGUGGGUGGACUUCCUAUCUGACUUACAAUUCUUCCAGAAGGCGUCUGAAAAUUUCAAGACAGUGUUCAACAAACUGCUCAGUUUAAAAGCUAUGGAGCGCGUUUCCUGGAGACAGUCAUUUUGUCAUGUCCUCAACGUACCGAUCAAAAAAUUUCCAAAUCUGUCCAUCAGCAGCCUCGUGGCGGGACCCAUCGCCGGAGUCUUCGUCCUGGGGCUCGCGGUGCCGGCCUGUGGCAAAACUGGAGCCAUAACGGGCUUCGUGGUCUCUGCGGUUUUCAUGUUUUGGCUGGGCAUCGGCGGGCAAAUCUACGGCAGCAGCGCGCCACUCUUGGCGCUCGAUAAGCACUUGUGCUCGGAGGGCCUCAACGUCACCGCUGCAACAUCUUCCCUCAAUGUGACCAGUGGACCAUUACAAACCAGCAGCCUGCACCCGCUCUACAACAUCUCCUACACGCUGUAUUCCCCCGUGGGGCUUCUUCUCUGCCUCCUCGUCGGCGUGGUCGUCACCUACGCCGUCGGCUGUCGGACCACGGAAAAAGUCGACCCUCAGCACAUUCUGCACUGCCUCAGGCCCAGAGCUGAACGCAGAAGCGAGACACUUCGUCUCAAGAAAGUACAAAAUUUGCCCGAACAAUAA